UACAAAUCUACUUCUCAUUCCUUUCAUUCCUUCCCUUAGCUUCUUAAUUCACAAGCAUGGCCGUCUUCACAUUCGAGGAUGAAAUCACCUCCACCGUCCCCCCUGCUAAGCUUUACAAUGCUAUGAAAAAUGCCGACUCCAUCACCCCUAAGAUUAUUGAUGACGUCAAGAGUGUUGAAAUCGUUGAGGGAAACGGUGGUCCCGGAACCAUCAAGAAACUCACCAUUGUCGAGGGUGCGGAAACCAAGUUUAUCUUGCACAAGGUGGAGGCAAUAGAUGAGGCUAACUAUGCAUACAACUACAGCGUUGUUGGAGGAGUGGCUCUGCCUCCCACGGCGGAGAAGAUAACAUUUGAGACAAAGCUGGUACAAGGACCCAACGGAGGAUCCAUAGGGAAGCUGAGUGUGAAGUUCCACUCCAAAGGAGAUGCAAAGCCAGAUGAGGAAGCCAUGAAGAAGGGGAAGGUCAAGGGUGAAGCUCUCUUCAAGGCCAUUGAGGGUUACGUUUUGGCUAACCCUGCUCUCUAUUGAUUACAAAAACCAAAUUUGUGUGCUUCAUUUCUAAUAAGCGUGCCCCCUUUCUUAAUUUUUUUUACUUUCCUUCCUGUGUGGCACCGCAUAGUA